UGGAAGAGUGGAGCUGGACGCUGCUGCUGCUGCUUACAAACUGGAGAGAUAAGUGAUCAGAGAUCCUUCAUCCAGAGUGUCAGUCAGGGAGCCUCUCUCUGUCUCUCUCUGAGCUUCCAGCCUGCUCUUCUCCUCUCUCUCUCUCUCUAUCUCCAUUGACUCUCCUCUGCCGGUAACUUCUUCCACGCCACCAUGGCUCCGACCCUGGCCUCGGCGUUCGCCAGGCGCUGGUGGAUGGCAGUGACUGCUAUCAUUGAGAAUCUGCUCUUCUCUGCCGUGCUGCUGGGAUGGGGGUCGCUCCUUAUCAUGCUCAAGUCCGAGGGCUUCUAUUCGUACCUUUGCAACGAUGAGGGUAACAGCUCCAGCUAUAAUCUGUCCCUGCCCGUCGCAAUGCCGACGCCCGAUGAGUACGAGUACUACGAUGAACUUGUGGUUGGUCUGGGAGACGGCGUGGAGAUGAGGCCCCUGGUGCCGAUGGACGGGCUCCUGAAGAUGAACGGCUGGCUGAUCUGUAAGGAGCAGGACGAGAUGCUGAACCUGGCGUUUACCGUGGGCUCCUUCCUGCUCUCAGCCAUCACGCUGCCUCUGGGGAUCGUCAUGGACAAAUAUGGGCCUCGCAAGCUACGACUGCUGGGCAGCACAUGCUUUGGACUGUCCUGUCUUCUCAUUGCUUAUGGAGCAUACAAUCCAAAUGAACUCUCGGUCCUUAUCUUCAUUGCCCUGACCUUCAAUGGCUUCGGGGGCAUGUGCAUGACCUUCACCUCUCUCACACUGCCCACCAUGUUCGGGGACCUCCGCUCCACCUUCAUCGCUCUGAUGAUCGGCUCUUAUGCCUCCUCAGCCGUCACAUUCCCUGGUGUCAAGGUGAUCUAUGACAUGGGCAUAUCUUUCAUCACUAUUCUGGUGGUGUGGGCUGCCUGUUCUUUAGUGGUCUUCAUGAACUGCUACUUCAACUGGCCACUGGAACCAUUCCCAGGACCAGAGGACAUGGACUACACUGUGAAGAUCAAGUUCAGCUGGCUGGGCUUUGACCACAAAAUAACAGGGAAGCAGUUCUACCACCAGGUGACCACGGUGGGCCGCCGCCUCAGCGUGGGGAACAGCCUGAAGCAGAAGGAGCUUGCCACCAAGGACGGCCAUAAGCGCUGCCUGUCCACCAUGGACCUGGAGAUGGACUGCAAGCCACAGCAAGAGUCCCAGUCGUUCUUGAAAAGCAUCAUCAGCCCGAUCUUCAUGCUCAGCGCGUUGACCAUGUCCGUCACGCAGCUUCGUCUCUUGUUCUACAUGGGGGCCAUGAACAGCGUCCUGGAGGCUCUCAGCGACGGAGACCUGAACACAGUGGAAAGAAUGGAGCUUGUGAGUCUUUACUCCUCCAUCUUUGGCGUGAUGCAACUGCUUUGCCUCAUGACCACGCCCGUGAUUGGUCAGAUCAUGGACUGGAAACUGAAGGACUGCAGCGAUGGAGACGAGGAACAGGAACCCUGCAGCAAGGACGAGCGAAAGAAAAAGCGUAGAGACAAGAAGACCCAGAAGGUGACCAAUGCCCUACGAGCGUUCGUUCUCACAAACGUCCUGUUGGUAGGAUUUGGGAUCACAUGCCUGGUGCCCAAUCUCCCUCUGCAGAUCUUGUCAUUUGUCCUUCACACUGUCGUGAGAGGGUUCAUUCAUUCAGCUGUUGGUGGCCUCUAUGCCGCUGUGUACCCGUCCUCUCAGUUCGGCAGUCUAACAGGCAUGCAGUCCCUGGUCAGUGCCGUGUUUGCUCUGCUGCAGCAACCCCUGUUUCUGUUUAUGAUGGGACCCCUGCAGGGAGACCCUCUCUGGGUCAACGUUGGACUCCUUGUCCUCAGCAUGCUGGGCUUCUUGCUGCCACUCUACCUGAUCUACUUCAGAUGGACGCUCAACAAACAGAAUAAGCAGAAGGAGGAGAACGCCAAGAUCUUCAUCAAAAUUAACGGCUCCGACCUCCCGGAGGCCUACGUCUAGAGGAGUCGGCCGAGAAACGGAGAACAUUGGCAAUCCAGUGAUACAUUCACAAAUACACAUUUCAAGGGACAACUGAAAUCCUAAACAUCACAUUUAUCAAUCAAUCACACACGAGCAAACAAAACCGCCACGUCCAUUCUCCCCAAAACCCACCAAGAUGAACUUAGGCUGUGGUUGCCAUGGAGACAAGUCCAUUGGAACAGUGUUGCUGAGGAGAGAAGUGAAACGUGGAGAGGGAAAGAGAAGGAGAAGAGAGAGGAAAAGACUGUGAAAGGAAAGAGGCGUCGGCUCUCUGCAUUCCCCCCCAAAUCCUCCGACUUCUCCUUCUAUUCCCUCCUCUCAGCAGCACGUCGGUGCAGCUCCACUUCACAUAAGACUUCUUUCAUAUUCCCUGUAUGCGGGAAAGGAAAGCCUGUGUCGCCCACAAUUUUCUACUUGUGAAACCAGCAAGACUAGAGAAUGCCAGCGUCAGAUGAACCAGCGUUAUUAUUAUUACUGAGUGAUUCCAUUGUUGUAUGAGUUCUGUAUUCUUUCCUGAUUCUAAGUCCCAGAAACAUUGUGCUAUCUAGACAGAUGCUGGAAGGUUAAGUGUGGACUAAUAGGCAUUGAUGAGUGACAGGGAGGAGAGUCAAGCCUUAUGCUGAUGAGCGAUUAGAAAAGACAUCAUUAAAAUUAAUUAUAGGGCUUUUUUUAUCACAAGGCUAAAAUCGUAUUAUUCAGUUUAAAUUAUACUUUCAUUGUUUUUUACGUGGCUGUAUUCUGUAAGAGGGACAUCGAAACAAACUGUGGUAAGUCUUGCUGAAAGCAAAACAUUUAGAUUAUUUAUUUUGUUUCUUUAGUUUCUUUUUUAUACCUUGAGUUUACCAGAUGUUUCUUUUUAGAUACAGCCUCAUAUAAAAGAUACAAUUUAUUGUUGAGUGGUCAGAUUGCUCUGUUAAACUUAGACAUAUCAGUGAAAGUAUAUUGUAAUACAAUUUCUGGUGCACAAAAGUGUAUCCAUGAAACCAUCAUUAUCCAGAGGCCUUAGCUUAAAGUGAGUGUUUUGUUCUCUCUGUCUACUGUUAAGGGAAAUGCAGCACUUUAUUUCCUGUGAACACACCAGCUCAUUUCAGCACUUCUCUCCUGGUAGAUAGAGUCUCACUUUAACACAUAUUUAUUUUACACUCGUUUUUUCUGUCCAUCAUCAACUUCACGAAAUACAGUAUUUAAAUGAUGCCGGGCUGGCAACGACACACAUGUCAUAUACUGUGUUGUCUGCAUCGAGCUCUUCUCUUCUAUCACUGAACAUAAUAAAGAGAUAUUUGUUGUAUUUUAGGUUCAUGUGGAAGAACUCUUGGGGGUUAAUAAAAACGUGUUGAUCUCGUUAAA